AUGAAUGGGGUUGUGGAAGCCGCCAACAAAACCAUCAAGAAGAUUCUCAGGAAGAUGAUUGAUAACUACAAAGAUUGGCAUGAACAAUUGCCUUAUGCAUUACUGGGAUAUCGCACCACGCCUAGGAUUUCAACUGGGGCCACUCCGUACUUGUUAGUGUAUGACACUGAAGCAGUGAUACCAGCCGAAAGAAUAGCACGAGCUUUCAACAAGCAAGUGAGAACUAGGAUUUUUCAAAUUGGGAAAUUGGUGCUCAAACGAAUAUUCCCAAAUCAACAGGAAUACAAGGGAAAGUUUGCACCAAACUGGCAAGGGCCCUAUAUGGUGCGAAAGGAACUAUCAGGAGGAGUAGUGGUACUUGCUGAAAUGGAUGGUCAGGAGUGGCGAAGGGCAAUAAAUUUAGAUGCCAUCAAGAGAUACUACGUGUAA